GUGGUCAAGGGGGAGGGUUGGGCUGCUUGACGACAUUGCGCCUGGCCUUUGCUGAGCAUACUCCCAGCUCCGUUUCCAACCGAAUCGGCCUUCGGGUUUCCGGCGAUGGCCGUUCUCUUCAGGAACGUGAGCCGACUCACGAACUUAGUGGAAGUAAAAGCCGUUCUGUCACCAUGGCCUGGAUUCAAACGAUUGAAGUUUACAAAAUCUCGUAUUCCAGCAAAGAUGUUUGAAGUAGAACCAGCAGCUCAUGAAAAGUAUAAUGGUGAUCCAAACCAACCACAUCAACUGCACAUCGUUACCAGAAUAAAAUGUACAAAACGGCGUCCAUAUUGGGAAAAGAAAAUUGUUCAUGAUCUUGGAUUGGAUAAGUCAAAUCAGCCACAGAUCCAUAAGAAUAUUUCAUCAGUUAAUAGCAAAUUGAAAGUCAUCAAGCAUCUUAUAAGAGUGCAACCUCUGAAGUUACCACAAGGACUACCGACGGAGCAGGAACUAGCUGACACUUACCUGAAGAGCACUGGGGAAUUAAUAAUAAGACGACAUCUUCAGCCAUUAAAAGAAAAAAGUCAUGAAUCUUAAAUUGCUACUUAUCCUUGUACAUGAAAUAAAUUUUAGAUUAUUUCUAAAAAUUGA